AUGGUGUGGGUCUUCUCUUUCCUCACCAAUGUCUGCCACAUGGUGUUUCGUAUGUAUGAGUGGCAAUGUGUUGCAUUCUUGCUGCCUGGCACCUCAUCCUGUCUGCUCACAGGGGACCACGGCAACCCCUCUAGGGAAGAGAGGGGCUUGGCUGACAUUUUGGGUUGUGCCUUCUGCAGGUCUCUGCUAAGGGCCAUCUUCGUGGACCCACCUGGGAAGCUGCACAACGUGUCAGUGGUAACCUCUCUCCAAGAUAAUAAAACACAGAGUUCUGGCCCCUCGUGGUACUUGUGCUACACUACUGAGACCUGGCUGGAAGCAUCAGGCUCUGCUGGAAGGUGCCCAGAAAGAAGCAGCACCAGGUACGCUUUGAACACGGAGUACACCCCAGGAAAGGACCACGGCACAGGAACACUGCCUAGAGUGGAGACCAGCCGUGACUUCCAAGGCUGUGGCUUAGGCAUGGCGUUCUACCCAGGCACCCAGCCUCCAGCCAACAGCAGCACUGCCCCAGAACUCAACCUGUCCCACCCACUGCACAGUGCUGCCCUGGGGAACCAGACAGGCAACCUCUCUGAGCACCAGCAGUACGCAAUUGGCCUCUUCCUCUCAAGCCUGUAUAUCAUCUUCCUCUUCCCCAUUGGUUUUGUGGGGAACAUCCUGAUCCUCGUGGUGAACAUCAGUUUCCGUGAGAAGAUGACAAUCCCUGACCUCUACUUCAUCAACCUGGCGGUGGCAGACCUCAUCCUUGUGGCAGACUCCCUGAUCGAGGUGUUCAACCUGGAUGAGCAGUACUACGACAUCGCCGUGCUGUGCACCUUCAUGUCCCUCUUCCUGCAGAUCAACAUGUACAGCAGCGUCUUCUUUCUCACCUGGAUGAGUUUUGACCGCUAUAUCGCCCUGGCCAGAGCCAUGCGUGCCAGCCUGUUCCGCACCAAGCAGCACGCCAGACUGAGCUGUGGCCUCAUCUGGAUGGCCUCUGUCUCUGCCACACUCAUACCCUUCACUGCUGCCCACCUGCAGCACACCAAGGAGGUCUGCUUCUGCUUUGCAGACGUCAAGGAAGUCCAGUGGCUUGAGAUCACCCUGGGGUUUGUGGUCCCCUUUGCCAUCAUUGGCCUCUGCUACUCCCUCAUAGUCCGUGCCCUCGUCACAGCCCACAGGCACCGAGGCCUGCGCCCCCGGAGACAGAAGGCCCUGCGGAUGAUCCUGGCUGUGGUCCUCGUCUUCUUUAUCUGCUGGCUGCCAGAGAACGUCUUCAUCAGCGUCCAGCUCCUGCAGCAGGCACAGCCAGGGGCUGCACCUUGCACACAGUCUUUCCGCCAUGCCUACCCCUUGACCAGCCACAUCGUCAACCUUGCAGCUUUCUCUAACAGCUGCCUGAACCCCCUCAUCUACAGCUUUCUUGGGGAGACCUUCAGGGACAAGCUGAGGCUGUACAUCGAACAGAAAACAAACCUGCCAGCUCUGAAUCGCUUCUGUCAUGCUGCCCUGAAGGCAGUCAUCCCGGACAGCACUGAACAGUCAGAUGUAAAGUUCAGCAGUGCAGUAUGAAGAACCUCGAGGACAGAGCGCCAGAGGUGGCACUUCCUCCCAGCAACUGCACACAACCAAGCCAUGGUGAGCAGAGGGACAGAUCAUGCUGUGUUUCUAAACCUCAGUCAUACACUGCUAUGGUCUCUUCAGUGCCUCAGUGACAGUCACGCUUGCUUGGUCGUCUUUGGGGUUUUUGAGGAAAACUCACUAUGAGCCCUCCUUGAUUUUGCACAGCUCACACAGAACCACCACAGUCCAGAAAUGCUUGCUGCAGACCAUGUGACUCCAAUAUCAAAGAGCUGCUUAAUACCGGCUCCUCUCUGCACACCCUGUUCCUUCAGCAACAAACAAUUCUAAUAUUGUCCAACAAAAGCCAAAUGGAGAGGCUACUUUGGAUGAAAUAUCUUAGUUACAAGGUAAACCUACAAUAAAUCCGCCAAAUUGGGGUAAAAAUGAAGCCUGGAGACAGAAUACACUCAACUGAUCUGACUUAGACAUGGUGGUAUGUUUUUCAUGCCUAUGGUUUGUAAUUAGGUACAUGCUAAUCAGCGUACCCUAAGUUAAAGAGGAAGAGAAAAGAGCACUGCUUAUGCACAGUUGAGCACCCGCAAUCUCUCAGAAUGACACCAGUUGCUCUGUGUAGCCUCAUCAGUGACACAGGGCAGCUUGGUCUGUAUCAGCAAGGAAGGCUCUUCCUGAAUGAAACAUCCACCUUCCUGAUCGGAAAUGCUGAUUUAGUUGCCGUUUUGUUUACUAUGGUCUUUGUCAUUUCCUUACUGUGGAAUGAGACCAGGAGAGUUACCCUGCAGGUCCAUGGGAUGCCUCUGUGAGAUCCUCUGGCAUAUGUGAUUGAGGAAUUUGCCUCACAAAAACAAUAGCGGGGACAAGGACAACAUGUAAACAUUCUCAUUAAAGUAUAAAAACAGAUAAACUGAAGACUGCUGGUGACAUUCAGCCUUUGUCAAUAAAACAGACUCAUGUGUCGAUCCUUCUACUUGGUCUAAGCUGUCACUAAGUGGGUUGGGGAUAAGGGUGG